GACGGACUGACGGGGCGCGGAGCCCGGGGUGGACAGUGGCCGCCGGGAGGGCGCAGCAUCCUCGGAUCGUGCGCGGCUGGAGGGCGAAGGUGACUGAGGAUGGUGGAGAGAAUGUGAGCCUCCGCGUGGCGCCGCCAUGCAGAAGCCCAGCGGCCUGAAGCCCCCUGGUCGAGGGGCGAAGCACUCCAGCCCUGUGGGCAGGACGUCCACUGGGUCGGCUUCAUCCUCUGCAGCACCAGUGGCCACUGGCUCCAAGGAAGGUUCCCCACUGCACAAGCAGGCGUCAGGGCCACCGUCCUCCACGGCCACAGCCACCGCCCCCGAGAAGCCGGGCCCGAAGGUGGCCGAAGUGGGUGAUGACUUCCUGGGGGACUUCGUGGUGGGCGAGCGGGUGUGGGUGAACGGCGUGAAGCCCGGCCUGGUGCAGUACCUCGGGGAGACGCAGUUCGCACCGGGCCAGUGGGCCGGGGUGGUGCUGGACGACCCGGUGGGCAAGAACGAUGGCGCCGUGGGUGGCGUGCGCUACUUUGAGUGCCCAGCCCUGCAGGGCAUCUUCACCCGGCCCUCCAAGCUCACCCGGCAGCCCGCGGCCGAGGGCUCGGGCAGUGAUGCCCACUCGGUGGAGUCACUCACCGCCCAGAACCUGUCGCUGCACUCAGGCACGGCCACCCCACCCCUGGCCAGCCGUGUCAUCCCGCUGCGGGAGAGUGUCCUGAACAGCUCGGUCAAGACGGGCAACGAGUCCGGCUCCAACUUGUCCGACAGUGGCUCUGUGAAGCGGGGUGACAGGGACCUGCGUCUGGGAGACCGAGUGUUGGUUGGUGGCACGAAGACUGGCGUGGUUCGGUAUGUGGGGGAGACAGACUUUGCCAAGGGUGAAUGGUGUGGCGUGGAGCUGGACGAGCCCCUUGGGAAGAACGAUGGGGCUGUGGCCGGCACCAGGUACUUCCAGUGCCCACCCAAGUUUGGUCUCUUCGCACCCAUCCACAAGGUGAUCCGAAUUGGAUUCCCAUCCACCAGCCCUGCCAAGGCCAAGAAGACCAAACGGAUGGCCAUGGGUGUCUCAGCCCUGACACACAGCCCCAGCAGCUCCUCCAUCAGCUCUGUGAGCUCUGUGGCCUCCUCCGUGGGGGGCCGGCCCAGCCGCAGUGGCCUGCUCACAGAGACGUCUUCACGCUACGCCCGCAAGAUCUCGGGCACCACGGCCCUGCAGGAGGCAUUGAAGGAGAAACAGCAGCACAUCGAGCAGCUGCUGGCCGAGCGGGACCUGGAGAGGGCCGAGGUGGCCAAAGCCACCAGCCACAUCUGCGAGGUGGAGAAGGAAAUUGCCUUGCUCAAGGCGCAGCACGAGCAGUAUGUUGCAGAGGCGGAGGAGAAGCUGCAGCGGGCCCGGCUGCUGGUGGAAAGCGUGAGGAAGGAGAAGGUGGACCUGUCCAACCAGCUGGAGGAGGAGAGGAGGAAGGUGGAGGACUUGCAGUUCCGUGUGGAGGAAGAGUCCAUUACCAAGGGAGACCUGGAGACCCAGACUCAGCUGGAGCACGCCAGGAUUGGGGAACUGGAGCAGAGCCUGCUACUGGAGAAGGCACAAGCUGAGCGGCUGCUCAGAGAAUUAGCGGACAACAGGCUGACCACAGUGGCCGAGAAGUCCCGAGUCCUGCAGCUGGAGGAGGAGCUGAGUCUGCGACGCGGUGAGAUCCAGGAGCUCCAGCAGUGCCUGCUGCACUCAGGACCACCGCCUCCUGACCACCCGGAGGCUGCCGAGACCCUGCGUCUCCGUGAGCGCCUGCUGUCCGCCAGCAAGGAGCAGCAACAGGAGACCAGCACACUGAGGGACAAGUACGAGAAGGCGCUGAAGGCCUACCAGGCCGAGGUGGAGAAGCUGCGUGCGGCCAACGACAGGUACGCACAGGAGGUGGCCGACCUCAAGGCCAAGGUGCAGCAGGCCACCAGCGAGAACAUGGGGCUGAUGGACAACUGGAAGUCCAAGCUAGACUCGCUGGCCUCGGACCAUCAGAAGUCCCUGGAGGACCUCAAGGCCACGCUGAACUCGGGCUCGGGUGCCCAGCAGGAGAUCGGAGAGCUGAAGGCGGGGAUGGAGGGCAUCAAGAUGGAGCAUCAGUUGGAACUGGGCAACCUCCGUGCCAAGCACGACCUGGAGACCGCCGUGCACGUCAAGGAGAAGGAAGGUCUGCGGCAGAAGCUUCAGGAGGCCCAGGACGAGCUGGCCACACUGCGACAGCACUGGCAGGCCCAGCUGGAGGCCCAGGCCGCCCAGCACCGGCUGGAGCUGCAGGAGGCCCAGGAUCGCUGCAGAGAUGCCCACCUGCGUGUGCAGGAACUGGAGGGCCUGGACGUGGAGUACCGCGGCCAGGCCCAGGCCAUUGAGUUCCUCAAGCAGCAGAUCUCCCUGGCCGAGAAGAAGAUGCUGGACCAUGAGCUGCUUCAGCGGGCGGAGGCCCAGAGCAAGGCGGAGGCCGAGAGGCUGCGGGAGAAGCUCCUGGUGGCCGAGAACAGACUCCAGGCGGUCGAGGCCCUGUGCUCGGCCCAGCAGUCCCACAUGAUCGAGGCCGGUGACCUUUCAGAGGACAGCAUGAAGGAGGCCCUGGAGGGCCUACAGGACAAACUGAACAAGAGGGACAAAGAGGUGACGGCGUUGACAUCUCAGACCGAGACGCUUAGGGCCCAAGUAAGUGCGCUGGAGACCAAGUGCAAGGCCGGAGAGAAGAGGACAGACGCCCUCUUGAAGGACAAGCGACGUCUGGAGGCUGAGCUGACCUGCAGGACCCAUGACGCCUCAGGCCAGCUGGUUCUCAUCAGCCAGGAGCUGCUACGGAAGGAGCGGAGUCUGAACGAGCUACGGGUGUUGCUUCUGGAAGCCAAUCGUCACUCCCCGGGGCCUGAGAGGGACCUGAGUCGGGAAGUGCACAAGGCUGAGUGGAGGAUCAAGGAGCAGAAACUGAAGGAGGACAUCCGGGGCCUGCGUGAGAAGCUGACCGGGCUGGACAAGGACAAGACUGUGUCUGAGCAGAGACGGUUCUCCCUCAUCGACCCCGGCUCGGCCCCCGAGCUGCUGCGACUGCAGCACCAGCUGGCGAGCACCGAGGAGGCGCUGCGGGCCGCGCUGGACCAGGCCCAGCAGGUGGACAAGCUCGUGGAGGCCAUGAGGAGCUGGCCUGACAAGGCCCAGACCAUCAGCAAUUCCGGUUCUGCCAACGGCAUCCACCAGCCAGACAAAGCCCAGAAACAGGAGGACAGGCACUGACCCUGAGGGACACCAUGGAGCGGCCCAGUUCCCAACAGAGCCCAGCCAGUCUGCCCAGUGGCGCCCCCUUCCAGGCAGGGGC